GAGCAACCGCUGCACCAACCUCCACCUAGGUCCGGCCGCAAAGGUGUAAAGCCCAAACACGAACGCCUCUGGUCGGGCAAAGACUUGCUGGAUCAACACGUCACAGUCUGGCACCCGGCUUUUCCUUUAUCUAUCUGUCACCGUGUUGCAACUUUUCGUCAUUGACUCUCCAAUCAAAACCCCUAGCAGCUUCCGACAGCUAGGCCGGACGGGCCUUCUCCAGCUCUGCUGAUUGUGCCGCACAUCUCGCCCGCCUUGAUCGUCCCGAGAAUUCGGCAGCGUCUUCCAUCACGACCGCAUCCUUCGUCCUCGGGUUCACGCACGCGCGGGCCCGUGCCGUCAUGUCAAACCCCAACGCGUUCCUAGGCGGCGGCGGCCUACACCCCGGGGCACAACAGUAUGGCGGUUCUUUCAACCCGAGCCAGGGGCAGCAGCAGCCGGGUCCCUUCGUUCCCCAACCCACCGGCUUCGGGCAGCCCGGCCUGCAGCAACAGUUCACGGGAUAUCCUGGGAUGCAGCCAGGGCAAUCUGUCGCACCGCUCAACCCCCAAUACACUGGUUUUCCUGCCCAGCAGCAAGGGUUCCAGACAGGAGCGCCUCCGGUUCCGUCAAUGCCGGCGCACCUUCAACAGCAGUUCCAGCAGUUCCAGCAGCCGCAGCAGCCGCAGCAGCAACAGCAACAACAGCCGCAGCAGCAUCAAGCACCACCCUCGGCCUUCUUGUCUGCCCAACCUCAACAUACGGCUCAGCCCCCGUCCGUCUCCCCCCCGCCAAUGAAGCCACAGCCGACUGGCUUCAGUCAGAUGGCUGCUUCGUUCCAGACAGGAGGCGCAUCAGCACCCCCCAAGGAUCGACGCGCCGAAAAGACGGGCAGCAAGAUUCCAAACAUCCGGCUUUCAUUCAUCACCGCCCAGGACCAGGCCAAGUUUGAAACCCUUUUCCAGUCAGCGGUUGGGGACGGCCAGACUACAAUGUCGGGCGAUAAGGCGCGUGAUAUCCUCCUACGGUCUCGACUGGAUGGAGAGCACCUCUCGCAUAUCUGGACUCUAGCCGAUACCACCCGUUCCGGACAGCUCCAUUUCCCCGAGUUCGCCCUCGCGAUGUAUUUAUGUAACCUCCGGAUGAACGGCAAAUCGCUGCCUUCCACCCUACCGGAAAACAUAAAGAAUGAGGUGUCGAGCAUGGUGGACAUUAUAAACUUCAGCGUGGCAGAUGACGGUGGUGGGAAUGCUUCGUCUUCGGCAGGGAACGCCCCAGACUUCUCGCUAAGGCAGAGUACGGCCACACCCCCUACAAUCCAGCACCCGCAACCCCAAUCCUCCAACUCGCAACUUUUGCAGGCUCAGAUGACGGGCUUUCCUGCGCCGCAGCAAGGCUUCCUUGGUCAAUCGGCGGCUCUACAGCCCCAGGUCACCGGAUUUCCGGGCGCUCAGAAUCCUCAAACCACUGGGUACUCGGGGCCGCGCCCGCCUAUGCCCCCGAUGCCCACCGGGCUAAGCCCCGGAGGCAUGGCAGCACCCCUAAACGCUCAGCCGACCGGGAGGCCGGGCCAGUGGGGCUUGGUGAACACGCCUUCGACCGGUCUCCCUAAUAUAGACGCACUGCAUGCCCGGAUGAUGCCUCAGCAGGGCCGCGAACAAGGGAGCUUCACUACUGCUGGACUGCAGGGCAAUGCCGUCAUUCCUUGGGCCAUCACCAAGGAUGAAAAGACCCGCUACGAUGCCCUUUUCAAGGCGUGGGAUGGUAUGAACAAGGGAUACAUCGCGGGCAGCCAGGCAAUCGAGAUCUUUGGGCAGAGCGGCAUGGACAAGCCCGAUCUCGAGCGUGUCUGGACUUUGGCAGAUCACGGGAACAAGGGGCGCUUGGAUCUGGACGAAUUUGCCGUGGCCAUGCACCUCAUCUACCGCAAACUUAACGGAUACCCCCUUCCCAACAACCUUCCGCCCGAGCUUGUUCCCCCGUCGACCCGAAAUCUUAGCCAGUCGAUCGGGACCAUCAAGAGCAUGCUCAGCCAAGAGUCAGACUUGCGCAAGAACUCGGGUGCCACUCUACUUCCACAGAAGACCGGCGUCAGUUAUCUCAAGACGCACUCCUUCCGAGGCACGGGGGGCAUUCCAGGGGGCGGUGCCCGCAAGGACGCGACCGUGUUCAAGAAUGACGACGAUGCUGUCGGCUACAGGUCCAGUGCGCGUCGCCGCAUUGGGAACGGCUCCCCCAGGCCCGAAUCGCCAUCUUCUGUGGCGUCUACGGAUGAACUUAGUCUGGAACAGCUGAGGAAGAAAAUAAAGGAGAAGCAAGUCCUUCUGGACGCCAUGGAUUUCAAGGACGAAAAGGCCUUGGAAGAAGACGAUGUUCUCGACCGGAGGGAUCGCAAAGAAGCCGAGGAACUCUAUCGCAGGAUCCGCCGCAUUCAAGAGGACAUGGAUGGUCACCCAGAUGCCCCGCUCCCAAGCGGCGAAUCGGACGCUGAGCGGCGUGCUCUGACGCGCCAGCUGCAGAAUCUCAAGGACGGCAUCCCAGACCUCGCCUCGCAAGUUAGGAAGACCGAGAAGGCCAUUUUUGAAGCUCGGCUAGAGCUGUUCAGGCUGCGAGACGCCAAGGCUCAUCCAGGGGGCGCCUCUGCCAUUGUUGGUACUGGCCCCGGCGGCGCAGUGACCGAGUCGGACAGAAGGAGGGCCAGGGCAAAGGCAAUGAUGCAGCAGCGAACCGCAGAACUCACCGGUAAGAAGGUUGACGUGAGCAGCGAGGACUUGGACGCCCCGAGGCGUCUGGAAGAGGAAAGCCUCAAAGCGCGCACUGAGAGAGACAACAACGAACGCAUGGUUAGGGAUGUGGAGGAUAGUGUUCAGGAGUUCGCGCGAGGCAUUGAGGAUAGCUUGAAGGCGGGUGGCCGGACAGCAGAGAGCGAGCACGAGCAGCGGCGAUGGGAGGAUGCGCUGGGUGUUGAGGACGAGGUCAGGGACUUUAUAUUCGACCUGCAGAGGUCGAGCCGGUCGAAGCGCAUCAGGGCUGAGGGCCGUCGUACCGAGCGCCCGACGCCGUCUGUUAACCCGCCAUCGGCGACCCGCCAUGAGAGUCCCUCCUCGCUGGGCGCGCGUACCGCAACACCACCCUUAAACCCUUCCGGGGCCAGUGCCUCAUAUUCCUCGUAUAAGACGCCAGAAGAGAGGGCCGCUUUCAUCAAGCAGCAGGCAGAGCAGCGAAUGGCGGAGAGGCUGGCAGCGCUCGGGAUCAAAGCGCCCACUAAGAGCGGUGAGACUGCGGCUCAGCGAGUAGAGCGUGAGCGCGCCGAAAGAACAGCCAAGCUGCGCCAGGCGGAGGAAGAGGAUGCAAAGCGUGAGGCAGAGCGGCAGGCCAGGCUUGCGGAGGAGCAGGGCCCACCACCCCCUGCCGCAACGCCUGCGCCAAAAGCCGAAUCCAAGGCGCCGCCGCCUCCGGCGCCCCCGAGUCGCAGGGGAGUUGAACGCGAUUCCGCCAAGAAGGCGGAGGAGGAAAGACUAGCACAAGAGCAGGAGGAGCAGCUACAGCGGACCCGCCAGAUGGAACAACAGGCCAAGGAGGAAGAGGAUGAGUUGGCUAGGGAGAAUGAUGCGGCCGAAGCUCGCCUCAAGGCGCUUGAGGAGCAGGUCCGCCAGGGCAAGCUGAAGAAAGAGGAGGAGAAGCGCAAAAAGAAGGCGGCACUUACCGAGGCCAAGGAGAAGGAGACCAAGCUGGCAGCACGCCGAGCUGAGAUUGAAGCUGCCCGCCGGCGCGAAGAAGAGUUGCAGAAGCAACUCGAGGCGAUGAAUAAUGCGGAUUCGUCCUCCGAUGACGAUGAUGACGAGCAUCCCCAGGCGACACCCCAGGCGUCGACACCCACCGUCGGUAGCCAGGUUGGAAGCCAGGAGCUAGAGCGGAAGCACACGCCGCCGCCGGCAGUCGGUACCUCCGCCCCCAUCACGGGCGGCGAAACGGCGUCGUCACCUGAUGCUACAACAGAGAGCCGCAACCCGUAUUUUAGGAUGCUCUCGCACUCUUCCGAGCCCUCGGCGGCCCAACAGAUCCCGCGCGCGGCGGCCGCGGCCGCAGCCCCGAACCCCCCUGCCCCCGAGGCGUCGACAAACCCGUUCCACCGCAACACGGCCCCCCAGGCAGUCCCGGCGGUCUCGAUUUCUCGUAAGAGACUUGACGACGAAGAUGAGUGGGGAUCGGAUAAGGACGACUCAGACUCGGAGGACGAUGACCGCCCCGGCGGGACCAGCGCAGCCCAGUUGGCAUCCAUUCUGUUUGGCACCAUGGCACCUCCACGGCCUCUAUCCGCGACGGGUGAUAAAUCUGGGUCGUCCCCGCAACCCGCCUCUUCGCCCCUCUUCUCCCCGCCUCCGCCCCCGGCAAUGUCCCCGAGUCCGGAUGUUUCGGCCCCUCCCCUUGCUCCGCCACCGCCGCCGCCGCCAAUGCCCCCUUCAGCGGCGCCGGCGGCGCCACCGCCACCACCACCACCCGCGCCCGGAAUGGCGCCACCUCCUCCCCCGCCUCCCCCGCCGCCUGGUGCCGGCGAGCUUCUUGCGCCUGCCACUGGUGGCGGCCGCCCCUCUGGUUUACUAGGUGAGAUUCAGGCAGGACGGGCACUGAAAAAGACAAGCACUCGAGACAAGAGCGCAGCGACAGUUGCUGGUCGCGUUUUGGAUUAAAUUGGAGUUGAGUUGGCGCAAGGUAUCGCUCGAGUGCCGGCGUCGAUACCACCCCAGUCGGACGGAAGUUGUGAAUAUGGGAUGGCUGGGACGUUGCGCAGUGUGGCGCCCCUCGGCGACGUGCGAGCUGAGCGACUCGUGUCACCAGAGCCCAAUGCACCUGUAAUUAUCACAGGCGGCGGGGCACCCGGGGUGAGGAAUUCUAUUCUCUCAAAUGGCCUAGUCUAGCAACGUACACGUUUCAAUGGUGGUUUUUUUUUUUCCUUUCCCUUCUUUUUGCCUAUAUUAAUGUUACUCUUGGACUCCUUUCA